GUGACUGGAAUGUGAGCUCGUUGAAAAGCAUGUAAAUAAAGGCCACCCUGCUGCCACUGUCGGCCCGCCGGGUGUUGAUGGGACGGCCUCUCUCCAGUGCCUUGCGCCUCACUGACAGGGUGUACAGGACUGCCAAGGCCAGCAUCAAGACCAUGAGUGCUUCCCCAUCCUCUGAGUUGCCCCAGACGCAGAACAGUCCUCAGCGCGCCAAGUGCCUGUUCUGUCGGAUAUGUGACGGCUUAGAGCCCAGCAAUAUUGUGCACCAGGAUGAGGAGUUUGUGGUGUUCCCUGACAUCCGGCCAGCAGCACCUCACCACUACCUAGUGUUGACACGGGAGCACAUCACUGAUGCUAAGUGCCUCACCAAGGAGCACAUUCCCAUUGUGGAGAAGAUGACCGCUCUUAGCAAGGAGGUCUUGAUUACACAGGGUGGCUCAACAGACACAGCAAGGCUGGGGUUCCAUUGGCCACCCUUCCACUCAGUCAGCCACUUGCACCUGCACAUCAUUGCCCCUGAGAGUGAGAUGGGCUUGAUAGGCCGGGCCAUGUUCAAGUCAAACUCUUUCUGGUUUGUGACGGUAAGCUUCACUGUGUUGCUGCUACUCAGGUGAAAUAUGAGUGAAAAAUGGUAUAAAUGUG